AGGUAAACACAAAUAUGCCAGUCCGCAAGAAACAACGACGUGAUGUCAUUCGUGAAGAAGACCUUUUAAACGACAAUAGUGAAGAUGGUCAAAAUAUAAUGAUUAGAUUUAUUGACGAUCAUGGGGAGCCCACUGGAACUCAGAUAUUAUUGCCUGUAUCGGCCACAGUCAAGCAGCUGGAUGAUCUUUUGUCAUCAUUUUUGGAAGAGGAGCAGAAGGUGAUUCCAUAUGCUUUCUUUAUUGAUGGAGAACAGUUAAAUAGUAGUGUCCGUGACAUCUUGUUUCAGGCGCAAAAAAACAAGUAUGUGGACAAGAUGCUAAAGGAAGGCCGGCGUGUGCGCCAGAAAGAUGUGUCUAAUCUCACAUUUGAAGUACCAGAAGAAACUAUAUUGGACAUCGUGUACAAGCCUCAGGCUGUAUUUCGUGUGAAGCCAGUGACUCGUUGCGCUGGUACGCUAGAUGGCCACAGUGAAGCAAUUCUUGUUGUUUCCUUUUCCCCAGACAGUCAAGUAUUGGCGACAGGAGGAGGGGAUAAGGAGAUUCGAAUCUGGGAUAUGAACACCCUUACUCCAUUUGAAGAGCUAAAGCUCCACACAAGCUGGGUUCAGGUGCUUUCAUGGUCUCCGGAUGGACAGUAUUUAACCAGUGGGAGCAAGGAUGGUAUCCUCGUCAUAUGGCGACACGACGGUGAAUACGCGAAGUUUAGUGGCAAAAAACACAAAGCGCACAGCAAGUACAUUUCGCAUAUUUCAUGGGAGCCGUUACAUAAGAACAUUCAGUGCGAUCGAUUUGUCUCAGCGAGCAAGGACUCCUCCUUGAAAGUGUGGCAUAUCACGACAGGGGUACAGUUUUCCUUGUCCGGCCAUCAAUCUUGCGUGACUUGCGUUCGAUGGGGGGGCGAGGAUCGCAUUUACUCCUCCUCGCAGGACCGCACGUUGAUCGUGUGGGACUCGACCAAUGGGUCCCCGCAGCGCGUUCUGCGGGGGCACGCCCACUGGGUGAACUUUUUGGCUCUCAGCACGGACUUGGUACUUCGUACGGGGUUCUUUGACCACGAGGAGCGGAGCUUUGGGAGCCUCGAGGAGAAGCAGGAAUAUGCUAAGAAGCGCUAUGAGGGAGUGAUGAAAGCUUCCGAUGGUGUGGAGAGGCUUGUAAGCUGCUCAGACGAUAAUACAAUGUUCUUAUGGAACCCGCAGGCGAGUGCUAACCCUGUUGCACGUAUAACAGGUCAUCAAGGAAUUGUAUUUCACAUUCAAUUCAGUCCAGAUGGAUCGAUGAUCGCAUCCUGCUCAGCUGAUAAAAGCAUCAAGUUGUGGAAUGCAGCAGAUGGAAAAUAUAUCACAACAUUUAGAGGGCAUGUUGCGGCGGUGUAUCACGUAAGCUGGAGUCUAGACUCCCGUAUGUUAGUUUCUGGCAGCAAGGACACUACACUCAAGUUGUGGUCUGUGGCGAAGCGCGAGCUGGUGGAAGACAUGUCUGGCCACAGCGACGAGAUCUAUGCGACAGACUGGAGUCCUGACGGGCAAAAAGUGGCGACGGGUUCAAAGGACAAAAGGGUUCGCAUUUGGGUACACUGA